CACUCCUUUAUCCUUUUUAAGACUAUCCAUCUGUUCUCCACUGAAGUUCCUCUAAGCUGAGGACACUCCAUAGCUCCUACCAGAAAGGCUCAUAGUAACUCCAUCCUGGCAGCACUUCAGUGAGGAGCAGGGAAGAAGAGUUGAUAGAUUUAUUUGGGGAAGGGGUAAGCUCGGAGAGAGAUGGAAAGCUGUGAAGGAACUCCUGCAAAUCUGUGAACGCUGAUCCAUACUCCAGCUGCCCCAAGGUUCCCUUGCAAGAUGGCAGCUACCUGGCUUACCAUCUUUCUAAUGUUGGUCCUUUCCUCUAUUUACUGCAUUGUUUCACAUCCAAGCCCAGAGAUGUGGUUUCAGGAUCUCUUUCCACCUAGUGUGUGCCCUAUAAAUGCCAACGUCAACAACUUUUAUGGCAUCAUGUUUGACGCAGGAAGCACCGGGACCCGAAUUCACAUUUACACCUUUGUGCAGAAAAACCCAGAGCAGCCGCCAGAGCUGGAAGGGGAGAUAUUUGAGUCAGUAAAGCCUGGUCUUUCUGCUUAUGUUGAUCAGCCUGAAAAGGGUGCAGAAACGGUGAGAGGAUUGUUGGAAAUGGCCAAAGGAGCUGUGCCGCCUAGUUACUGGAAGGAGACCCCAGUGGUGCUGAAAGCUACAGCUGGACUGAGGCUGCUGCCUGCGCCCAAAGCCCAGGCUCUCCUCUCCGAGGUGAGAGAGGUCUUUGAGGAGUCCCCUUUUCUGGUUCCAAAUAACAGUGUUAGCAUCAUGGAUGGAUCUUCUGAAGGAGUUUUAGCCUGGAUUACUGUGAAUUUUCUAACAGGGCAGCUCUAUGGCCAGAACCAGCAGACAGUUGGGACACUGGACCUGGGAGGAGCCUCAACACAAAUCACAUUCCUGCCACGGUCUGAGGAAACCUUGGAGCAAACCCCUGUGGAUUUUGUGACUUCAUUUGAAAUGUUCAAUAGCACUUACAAGCUCUACACGCACAGCUAUCUGGGCUUUGGACUAAAAGCUGCCAGACUAGCAACACUUGGAGCUCUGGAAAUGGAAGCAGCUGAUGGACAGAUGUUCCGAAGUUCUUGUUUACCAAAGCGACUGGAGGCAGAGUGGCACUUUGCGGGAGUGAGAUAUCAGUAUGGUGGCAACAGAAAAGGGGAAACAGGAUUUGAGCCAUGCUAUUCCGAAGUGUUGAAGGUCGUACAAGGGAAACUUCACCAGCCAGAUGAGAUUCGCAGAAACUCCUUCUAUGCCUUCUCCUACUACUAUGAUCGGGCUGUUGACACCAACUUGAUUGAUUAUGAAAAGGGAGGAGUUCUAGAAGUGAGAGACUUUGAAAGAAAAGCUAAAGAAGUGUGUGAUAACUUGGACAGGUACACUUCAGCCAGCCCUUUCCUGUGUAUGGAUCUCAGUUACAUCACUGCCUUACUAAAAGAAGGCUUUGGAUUUGGGGAUAACACACUCUUACAGUUAACAAAGAAAGUGAACAACGUAGAGACAAGCUGGGCCUUGGGUGCCACCUUUCACCUAUUGCAGUCUCUGGGGCUCUCGCGCUGAGCUGGCGCCCACUACAGAACAUUGGCCUUUCCAGAACAAAGAGAGGGAAAGUUCAAACCUCCAACUGGAGAGCUCAUUUGGAUCAGUCCUACAGCAAAACAAGGAUGAAAGCCAUGGAAUCACUUCCCCCAGGACUAGGCAGUUCCUAGCUGCAAUAAGCUGGGCCCUGUUGAAAUGAGAGCUGGCCCAGUAUGGUUUCUAAAGAACUUUAUUGCUAUUAUUGAUACAGAAUCUGCCUCCUGAAAGUCGAAGAACCUAAACUCCAGCUGGUCUUGAGGCUGAUUGUGCUUAUAAGUAGCCCAGACACAGCUUCAGUGAAUGGAUUCAUAGGUGCCCCGUAUUACCAGCAGCUCAGAGUGCUUCUCAUGCCCUAACAAAUUGCAGACCUGUGACCAAUGAUGCUUAGUUGUUUUUGUUUGUUUUAUAGGUAGAACUGAAGUUUAGCCCAGAGAAUUUUAAAAAAAUAUAUAAAUGUUCAAGCAUGGCAUCAACCCA